AUGGGUUCACCAUCAAAUUCAAAGUCACCACCUGGCAAGGGAUCACUGAGAAGAUUAGAAUCAAAUCCCUUCGAAUUAGAUGAUACUUUAACUGAUGAUGAAUUUGAAAAUUCGAUUGGGGAAAGAAUUUAUGGAACAAAUGGGAGUUCAAAUAGGAACAAUAUGAGUGAUAUGAAUAAUAUGAAUAUGAAUAGCAUGAGUGGUAUCAAAAGAUCAAGUAAAAUCAAUGAUAUGAAUACUUUCAAUCAAGGCAUGGAUCAAAUGAAUGGUAAUUUCGAUUACACCGAUGAUUUCAACAAAAGUAUUAGUUCUUUUGGAGGAAUGGGGAUGAAUCAAAAUUACAAAUUCAACGAUGUUGAAAUGCAAAGAAUGAGUAUGCAAUCAAUGAGUCCCAUGAAUCCAAUGAAUCCCAUGAACAUGAUGAAUAUGAACAUGCACCAUAUGAAUAGCUUGAAUAAUUUGAACGGUAUGAAUAUGGGUAAUAUGAUGACAAAUGGGAUGAGUGAUCCAUUCAUGCCUCCACAACCUCCACAGAUAUAUCAUUCCAAGCAACCAAGUAAUUAUACAGCAAGUACUUUGGUGCAACAACAGCAUCCCAAAGUAAGUUUCAAAGAGGGUAUAGAAUACCCUGAUAGUGCUUACAAGGGCUAUGAGAUGAACAAUGACGAAGACUACUACUACGACGAAGAAGAUGAAGAUGGCGAGUCGAACGAAUUUGGUGUCCAUCGUUCAGGAACUUACAGGGGAAAUGAUUAUAAUUUGAAUAUGUUGGAAGAUGUCAAUGAUUCACUUCAAGAGGAUGAUCCAUUUGAUGAUGAAAGUUUAUUCUCUGAGUUAGAAGAAAAGAACGAUGACCAAGAGAGGUUAAGACGUGCCAAUACUGUAUAUUCAGAAUCUAGUUUCAAACCAAAAUUAAAUUAUACCAAAACAAUAAAGCGUGCAAAAUUAGUCAACGGGAAUUAUGUCAUCGAUUGUCCUACCCCAGAAGGAUUGAUAGGAACUUUUGGAAAGAAAAUUGAAGAUGGCCAAGAGAUGAAAUUCUUGCGUUAUCAAGCCGUAACAUGUGGUCCUUCAAAUUUCAUUAAUCGUCAAUAUGAUUUACGUCAAGCUAUGUACACUCCAAGAAGAGACACAGAAAUCAUGAUUGUGAUUACCAUGUAUAACGAAGAUGAGAUCCUAUUAGCCAAAACUUUGAAAGGUGUGUUCGAGAAUAUAUCUAAUUUGAGUAGAAGAAAAGACCCAUGUUGGGGAGAAGACAGCUGGAAAAAAAUAGUGGUAACUAUUGUUAGUGAUGGAAGAGCUGCUGUCAAUCCAAGACUGGAAAAGUUGUUGAAAGCCCUUGGUGUUUUCCAAGAUAACGUAGCCAAAAGUAAAGUCAACGAGGAAAAUGUCAAGGGCCAUAUAUUUGAAUACACUUCACCUGUUGGAAUUGAAACUAUCAACGACAAAAUUCAUUUGGAAACUAACGAAUACCCAACCCAAUUUAUUUAUUGCUUAAAAGAGAAAAAUACAAGAAAAAUUAAUUCACACAGAUGGUGUUUACAGAGUUUUGCACCUAUUUUGAAUCCAAAAGUAGUCAUGCUUUUAGAUUGUGGUACCGUACCAGCCAAACUGGCUGUGUACCAUUUGUGGAGAUCAUUCCACGAUGAGAAUGUUGCCGGUGCCUGUGGUGAAAUGAAAACAUCGUUGGGUCCAGGAAAAAAAUUAUUGAUAAAUCCUUUGGUAGCAGCUCAAAAUUUCGAAUACAAAAUCUCAAAUGUUUUGGAUAAACCUAUGGAAAGUGUUUUUGGUUUUAUUUCUGUAUUACCGGGUGCAUUCUCAGCAUAUAGAUAUGAAGCACUUUUAAAUGUUAAUGGCCAAGGUCCACUUGAAAAGUAUUUCAAAGGGGAAUAUUUACAUGACAGAAAUGAUGACCCAGAUGACGAUGAACAUGAUUUACGUGAUAAAAAUUUCAGAGAAGUGGGAAUUUUCACUAGAAAUAUGUAUUUGGCUGAAGAUAGAAUAUUGUGUUUCGAAUUAGUAGCUAAAAAAGGGUAUAAUUAUAUUUUGCGUUAUGUGAGUGAGGCUAAAGCGGAAACAGAUGUACCUGAAACAAUCGAAGACUUUGUUCUUCAAAGAAGACGUUGGUUGAAUGGUUCCUUAUUCGCAGCAAUAUAUUCUAUUGUACAUUGGACUAACAUUUGGAAAUCUAACCAUUCUUUAUUGAGAAAAUUAUUUUUACAAUUGGAAUUUUAUUAUCAGUUAGUCGUCAUUGUUGUCAGUUGGUUCUCAUUAGGGUCUUUCUUCCUUGUUUUCGAAAUUUUGACAAGUAAUUUAGGUUCUAAAGAAGUGAACCUUGAGGUUGCAAAAUACAUUUCAAUUGCAACAUUAUGGCUAUAUGUUGCGUCUAUUAUUGCCACUUUCGUUUUAGCUUUUGGUAAUACCCCCAGAGGAACGAAGAAGUUUUAUAUGAUUAUUGCUGUCAUAUUUUCGAUUUUGAUGGUUUAUAUGUUAUUUUCUGCCAUUUAUCUCGCUGUAAAUACCGUACAGACUAACCUAGCAAAAGUCGACUUCACGGCUAUAAUGUUGGUAACAAAUUCAAAAUUCAGAGAUUUGGUUAUUAGUACCGGGUCAACUUAUGUGUUGUAUUUUGUUGCGAGUUUGAUGUAUGGUGAACCAUCAUUUAUGAUGACUUCAUUUAUUCAAUAUCUUUUAUUAUCACCUACGUAUGUUAAUGUUUUAAACAUUUAUUCAUUCUGUAAUAUUGAUGAUAUUUCUUGGGGUACCAGACAAGAACCGGUUGCCAAAAAUUUGGGGACUGCCAAAGCGAAGAACGAUGUGGUAAUGGUGGAGGAAAUAAAGAACAAUGAUUAUUUAGACACCUUAGAAGAUUUGAGAGUCGUUCCUGAUAUUAUUAUACCAGUUGCGAAAAUGGGAAGGGACGACAAUUAUUAUGCAUUGAUAAGAACCGUAACGGUUUUAGUUUGGUUAUUCAGUAAUUUGAUUUUAAUUUGUAUUGUCUUAGAAAUUGGAGGUGUCGACAAAGUGUUAAGAAAUAGUGAGUACAACUACAUUAGUCCAAACAGUGAAGUAUUCUUGGGUAUAAUUUUAUGGAUUGUUGCAGGUUUGGCGAUUUAUAGAUUUAUUGGAAGUGUUUUAUUCUUAAUCUUCAAACUUGCCAGACCACUUAAAUGGAAGUUUAGAAAUAGAAAUAAGAAAUGA